CUUCUCUCGACUUUUCUUUCAGAAUGGGAGAAGACUGUGCAACUCAACGCCAUUAUUUGCCUAUCUACUGGUUAAGAAUUUUUAAGUUUUCAAUCAUGCCACCAUGUGUCCUAAUUCUUUGUUUCUGUUAUACUCGAUUAUACAAUAUAUCGAUAGGUAGCUACCUAUGAGACAGCAUAACUGAAGAAAAGGUGCUAGGUAAACCUUGCUCCAAAAGUAUCUCUGAUCUUGCUUUGCAUCUGUCUGACAACUUUGAAGUGGGUUAGCAAAUAGAAGAUAGUUACGCAUAUGAACCAUAACUAGGGAAGAACAUUGAAUACCCUUUGUCUUCUCCGCAUUAAACUUGUUUCUUCCACUGACAAGGUAUAUAUCAGUGAAAGUUUGAUAGAAGAUAUAAUGUUUAACCUCUCCCUGCAGCUCAUGUACACAGGUUAGUGUUUAGGGGAUUGCUUCUAAGGAGAAUGGUAUGCGGAAUUCUUAAGCACCUGUUCAGCUUAUGAGUGCCCUUCUCUAACCUGUGUUUUUUCACAUCUACACAGCGCAAGAACUUUCUGAAUGCAAGGCUAACUGGAGUGUUGAAGCAAUUGCAGGUGUUGUGGCACAUAUUAUCUAGAUACCUGUCACGCAUAGGCUCCGAAAACCUUCACUUUGCCUUUCGUUGAUGGGAGCUGUCCUUUAGGGCAAUUCUUUGGAUUGGGAGAUUUUCCAUCCUCAAUUGUUUCUCUAUUGGUGAAUUUCACGACAUUGUUGUCCUUAUUUUAUGCCACCAGAAAUACUGGCAUAGAACUUAUAUUUGGAUAUGGGAGGUUUGCCAUCCUCAAUUGUUUUUCUAUUGGUCGAUUUCAUGUCAUUGUUGUCCUUAUUUUUAUGCCACCAGAAAUGCUGGCAUAGAACUUAUAUUUGGAACUUGAAAUUUCAUUCAGUCACCAAAUUAUAGUUCAAGUGCCUCAGUAACAAGCUAUUAAAUUUUAAGUGGGCGAUUCAAACCUAACUCCAUGAAAGCUUCAUUGGUUCUUCCUCAUUUGGUCUGUUAGUUGGUAAGGUACUUGAAGAACCCAGAACUUUUUGAUAAAAUGGGCAUCAAGACUCCAGAUGGUGUGCUUUUAGAUGGUCCUCCAGGAUGUGGAAAGGUUAGUCUUAUUUGUCAACCAAAACAAGAAGUUUUACUGCAUGUCGAGGUUUUACAGUGUGAGUUCAUUCAAUGCCAUUUCAGACUCUAGUUACCAAGGCUAUUGCUGGUGAACCUGGUGUUCCGUUUUACCAAAUGGCUGGAUCUGAAUUUGUUGAAGUUUUAGCUGGUGUUGGUUCUGCUCGAAUCAGAGAUCUUUUUAAGAGAGCCAAGGUGAUUACUUUGCCCAUUUGACUGAUAAGUUCUAUGAGAACUUGUUCUUAUUUUCUGUUUCGUUCUUUAGAUUGUUUGACGUGGAAUACCAAGACUCCAAUUUCCUCCACUUAGAGUUUCUUGUUUCUACGCUUGUUGAUGCUUUGGGAGAACCAAAUGCUUUAUUGCCUCACAGUCACAGGGAUCGAUUAAAUAUCAUGUCUGCGUUGUUGGAAGCAUGUUACUAGCUUUACUUUAUCAAUUGCAAAAUCUUUAUUUUCCAUAAAAUGUCCGUGAUUGUGGUCCAUUUCUGCUAGUAAUUUUUUCUUGGACCUUUUGCAGGUAAAUAAACCCUCGGUUAUAUUCAUUGAUGAAAUUGAUGCUUUGGCAACUAGGUAAGAGUGCUUCUUUGACUUAUUUGGUUAAGUGGCAGGUUUUGUUUUUGCCUCUGUGGAAAUCAUACACAUGCACUAUAAUACCAUGUUAAGUUCAACUCAGCAUAUAACCUCCUUGUCGUGUGUGAUGGAUUUUUUAGCACACAGUUUCUGUAUUAGCAGUAUUGGUAUUAUUAGACUAUUGAUUUCAACAGCCAUUUUUGCAAGCAAUGGAAUCGAAUAUCAUAUGGAGAUAAUUCGAGAUGUUGACUAUUCUUUCUCAUCUAGUGAAGUGUAUUUUCUUUUAUUAUUUUAUCAACCGUGUCAUCAACUUGUAACUAACUCUGGCAUCCUUUUUAGAUAAAAGUUCGUCCUCCAAAUUCUAAAGGGAGAUUGGAAAUUUUGACUACUUAUGCCAAGAAUUCACCUGGGUGGAGUGGGAGCGAAGCUAGCUCAGCUGGCACAAGAGGCAGCUCUGGUAGCAGUCAGACAAGGCCAUACAUCAGUUAUCCAACCAGACAUGGACGAAGGUGAAUGCCGUAGAGCUACCACUGAAGUCGGUGUUGCAAUAACUGCUCAUUUGCUCAGGCGAUAUGAGCAUGCACAAGUUGAAUUCUGUGAUCUUAUUUCAGUUGUCCCCCGUGGUCAGACAUUAUCACAAAUUGUGUUUCAUAGGCUUGAUGAUGAAGCAUACAUAUUUGAACGGCGGCCACAAUUGCUGCACAGACUCCAGGUGCUUCUUGGGGGAAGGGCAGCCGAAGAGGUCAUUUAUGGCAGAGAUACAUCAAGGACAUCUGUUUCUUACCUUGCAGAUGCAUCCUGCUGGCUAGCUCGCAAGAUCAUGUCCAUAUGGAACUUGGAAAACCCGAUGGUGAUCCAUGGAGAACCGCCAGCAUGGAGAAAGAAAUCCAGAUUCGUGGUACCACGAUUGUGACUUUGAAGGUUCACUUUAUGAUGACUAUGACCUGAUCGAACGCCCUAUCAACUUCAAUUUGGAUGAUCAAGUUGCUCAGAGGACCGAGGAGUUGAUAUAUGUGUGCCAGGACAAUUUCACUGCUGAGGCGCCACCAUCCCGUUAAGGUACAGGUGGGUCUAAUUAGCUACCUGAGGCCGUUUAGUGAAACCGAUCUUGGAAGCUGGCAUUAUUGCUUGGUCCUGGGUAGUAAAGAAAAUGGUGGGUUUUCUUUUAUUUCGAUUUUGCAGGUUCUGCUUAACCGUAAGGAGAUCAGUGGGGAUUGUCACUACCCGAAAUGUCUAUGUCCGUGACACGAUGCAAUCGAAUACAUCUUAGACAACUACCCUGCGCAAACACGGCUAAAUCUUGUGCUGGAAGAGCAGAAUCCAGGUAGCCUCCCGUUCUUGGAAGAGCAACUAGAACGUGAGCUGGAGGAGGAUUAUGCUCUACUAGCUCCUUCAGAACCCAAAAUCCAGUGACUGCAGAUUUUUCUGCAUCGCAUUACACCCUCGGCCGUGUUCCUGAGCUGUGGUGGGGUUGUAUGAAAUUUUUGCUGCUUCAGAAAAGAUAGGCAUUUGACUGUCAUUUUAUCCAAGUAUUAACUGUCAUGAAUCAUGAUACAUUAGGAAUUCUUUUUUCGGUGGUUACGUUUUAUCCACGGCUCAAAGAGCUUCCCAAUUCCAGGCUUUUUGCCAACCCUACGUUGGUGCCCCACACAGGAAGGCUCUCCAUCUCUGCCGCAUCAACCUACCAUGCUUUCUCUGUAGCUACUAGCUCAGUUCUUCACGACCAUGCCUCAAAACAGUCACCUGUCCUCUUCAGUGUGUUUCUCCCAACUUCCAAGAUAAUAGAGUUUGAUCAAGAUAAUAGAGUUUGGAUCUCGGACACUAUUAGAGGCCACGUUUCUAAAGAGGAAUUUGAUGCUAUUUUGAGAGUUCCGAUUGGGGAGGAAGGAGCCGAUGAUUUUUGGGUUUGGAAGCUUACUAAAGAAGGAAUGUAAGACGGCUUACCACGCUUUUCACAAAGCGAACACUUACUUCAAACCGAUGGGAACAGUGGACAAAUGGAAAUGGAUUUGGGGUCUGAACCUCCCUCCUAUGCUUAAGUUCUUCAUCUGGAGGUGCUCCAGGAAUGGGUUGGCGACUAAAGCGAGACUUUUUCA